UCUCCCAAACUUUGACCGCACACAUCGAGUCACGCGUGGUGCCAGGCACGACACAACGUAAACCUGACGUACCAGGUACGGCAUAACGUGAAACUGACGUAAUGUUUGUCUGAUGGUGCUUUAUAAGGCGUCAUUGCAGAGACUGGUGCACAAACUAGUGUUGCAACCUGCUACAGAGACAUCCAGUAUCUUCAGGCGAUUCCCGAGUGUACGAAAGCAGACCUGUGCGAGCGACAUGAGUAAAGAACAGCGCACCCUGCAGUAUGUUCUACAGAACGCGUCACGAGGGGACCCCGACAGCGUCCUGGCUACAAUGGACACAUACGCCAGGGAGCAAGAAUGGGCCAUGAACGUAGGGGACUCCAAAGGAGCGUUUCUGGACCAGUUUGUUCAGGAGACGGCCCCUCAGAGCAUGCUGGAGCUGGGCACCUACAUGGGGUACUCCGCCGUCAGGACAGCCAGGCUGCUGCAGCCAGGAGCCAAGUUCAUCACCCUGGAGGUCAACCAACAGAACGCCGCAGUGGCUAAAGAGAUCAUCUCAUUCGCAGGGCUUCAAGAUAAGGUUAUCCAGGUGAUAUCUGACAGUUCUGAAGCCAUCCCCCAACUCAAGACGAAGUUCAACGUAGAGACGUUUGACAUGGUGUUUAUAGACCACUUCAAGGACUUCUAUGUCAGGGAUAUCAAACUGCUUGAAGAGAACAAUCUACUACGCAAAGGUACUGUAGUAGUAGCUGACAACAUCAUCAAACCCGGGGCUCCAGAAUACGCAGACUACGUGCGGACCUGCGGCAAGUACGACUCCACCUUCCACGAGGGCAAACUGUACAGCGGAAAACCUGACGGCCUGGAGAAGUCUGUGUACCGAGGCUAGGGAUAGAACAGUCGCUGUUACCUUUCCAUUACAUGUAUUCGAACUCGGAUCUUAACGAGGCCGCAAACAGUUUUGAUAUUCCCUUCUUUCAGUCAAUUUCAGACUGUCAAUUAAGUGUAUAGUAGAAUGUUUUGGAAAAUUUGCAAAAUUUGGAAAUCUCACGUCAGAAAAGAAACAAAAACUAGUCUAUUUAAAUCAUGUAUCAUCUCAAUUCUACUUUAUGACUGUGAGUCUUUGACAAUGAACUCUUCACAGACCAGGAAACUGGAUGGUUCCUUCACCAGGAUGUUACGUGCUGUAUACAACAAACCUUGGUGGGAAUACACACAAAGAACUGGACGGGACUCUGCCAUUUAUUUCAAGUGAAGUUAGGCGACGCCGAAUAAGCCUUGCUGGACAUGCUGUUCGACAUGGCGAACCAGCCGGUAAUCUGCUUUUUUGGUCACCAGAAGCAAGUAGGAGAAGAUAACGUCCAUACCUCACGCUAAAGGACCUUAUUGAAGCAGAGACUGGUCUAUAUGAUAAGGAACUCAUUUAACUGAUGAAAAAUAGAAUACAAUGGAAGCAAAACUAUGUGAAUGCUUCAACUUGUUAAAAUCAAGUAUGGAUAUAUAUGUAUGUAUGUAUAGUAGAAUGUAACAACACAAUAUUUGUCAACAGUUAUUAAAGUCGAAUCUUGUUUAAGACAAAAUCCACAGCGAGCAGUACAAAAGCCAA